GUCGAUCAUCACAUAUGUACAAUGUCAAACGUACCGAAAAUAGAAAAAUUGGAAGAUCUAGUGGCCGAUCACAUCGACAAACAAAAGAAGAUCGUGGAAUCCAAGGUCGCUAGACUGACCCAGCCAGGCGAAAACUACGGCAGCGAAAUGCUGAAAGUGGAUCUGCUGUUAAAAGGCGAAGAAAGUGGUACCGGCGAUCAGCUGAGCGUUGUUGCCAAGUUGAUUCCGGAAGACGAGGUGGCCCGGAAAAUUUUCAACGUUCAGUAUUCUUUUGUGGCCGAAGCGGAAUUUUAUAAUACGAUUGUGCCGACGCUGCAACAGUUUCAGAAGGAGCAAGGGAUGGAGGAAACGUACGAUUUUUUCCCGAAAUGUUACGGCGCUAGGAAAAAUCUUGAUCGGAGUGAUAUCGUUGAUGAGAAUGCAGUUUUAUUAUUAGAGAAUUUGAUUGCUUCAGGUAUGUAUGAAAUAAAAAAAUGUAUGAAAUAA